AUGGCGGACAGCGACGUAUUGGGCUAUGGCGGGUUGUUCCUGGGGUCAUUUCUGGCGCCGACGAUCCUGCCCCUGAGUUCGGAGGCCGUGCUCGCCGCCAUGGUGAUCGGCGGAUUCGAUCCCGUCGCGUGCGUGCUCGUGGCGUCCGCCGGCAAUUCGCUGGGCGGCAUGACGUCCUACUUCCUGGGCUAUGUCGGUAAAUGGGCGUGGGUGGAGAAGUUCUUUGCCCGCAAUCGUGACAGGGUUGCCAGGGUGAAGGCAUGGGCGGACCGCUACGGCAGUCGAGCCGCCCUGCUCUGCUGGCUGCCGGUUGUGGGCGAUCCGCUGGCCAUCGCCCUGGGCUUCGUGCGCAGCCCCGUCUGGCAGGUCGGCUUCUACAUGCUGGCCGGCAAGUUCCUCAGAUACGCCGUCUGGGUCUGGCUGAUCCGCCAAGGUAUGCGCCUUUACGACUGA